ACCCCCACAGUGUUGCCACCAGUCCUGGUUCCUCGAAACAGCGAGUUCAAUGCCAAGCUGUCCAUGUUGCCACGCUUCCGGAACCCUCUGCACCAGACGGAGCCGCACAUGCCGCAGAACGCCACCUAUCCGGACUCAUUCCCUCAGCAACCAGCGGGCGGCCUGCCGUUUGGCCCAAGCUCGCCCGCCACCAGCUACCCUGGGUCCCCUUGCAGUGGCCCAGCCUUCCCGCACUCGCCCAGCAGCUCCGACCCAGACAGCCCCUUUCAGAUGCCAGAGACUCCGCCUCCUGCAUAUAUGCCCCCCGACAAGCCGAUGACUGAGUGUCCCCAACCAAUGGACACCAGCUUGCUGGUCCCCAACCUGCCUCUAGACAUCAACAAUCGGCCUGACGUACAGUCAGUGGCGUAUGAGGAGCCCAAGCACUGGUGCUCUAUUGUCUACUACGAGCUGAAUAACCGUGUAGGUGAAGCUUUCCAGGCCUCGUCCACCAGUGUGCUAGUGGACGGCUUCACCGACCCGUCCAACAACCGCACGCGCUUCUGCCUGGGCCUGCUCUCCAACGUCAACCGCAACUCCACCAUCGAGAACACCCGCCGACAUAUUGGUAAAGGCGUGCAUCUGUACUACGUGGGGGGCGAGGUGUACGCCGAGUGCCUGAGUGACUGCAGCGUGUUUGUGCAGAGCCGUAACUGUAACUACCACCACGGUUUCCACCCCACCACCGUGUGCAAGAUCCCCAGUGGAUGCAGCCUCAAGAUCUUCAACAACCAGGAGUUUGCAGAGCUGCUCGCCCAGUCGGUCAACCACGGCUUCGAGGCUGUCUAUGAGCUCACCAAGAUGUGCACAAUACGUAUGAGCUUUGUCAAGGGAUGGGGUGCAGAAUACCAUCGCCAGGAUGUGACCAGCACCCCCUGCUGGAUCGAGAUUCAUCUGCAUGGGCCCCUGCAGUGGCUGGACAAAGUGCUCACAAAGAUGGGCUCUCCUCACAACCCCAUUUCCUCGGUGUCCUAGACCUCCGGCUAACGGAUUCUCUGGAGACGAGUGAUUGGUUGGGUGGACAAGGGAGGGCGGGGUUUGUACUGUACUUGAAGGCAGUGUGAAUCGGGGCAUACGACUUGACUGGCACAGGACAGGUCCUCGGUCAGCGAACAUCUGGAAGAUACUUGAUAACCUUGUGUGACCAAGCGUAUUAACUGGUGAGGCCAACACACUUGUGCCAAGUGUCCUCCUUCAGUCUUGUAACAGCUUGUAAUGGUUUUCUUUAUAAUUCCUCUCCUUUUUUCCCCGGAAUGUCCAUGUUCCAUGGGGGGGGGGGGGGGGUGUAUACUGGUAUACUGAUUAUAUUGUAAAUGAACACACCACAGGUCUGGCGUCAGUGACUGAACCUGCUUAGAGAACAUAGGGAGUAAAUGUAGUAAUAUUAUGCCUCAGAUUAACUUGCUAGAAAGAGGUAAUGAGGUCAGUAAAAUAAAGUCUCACGUUUUUAUUAUGCUCUUUAUUAUUAUUAUUAUCAUUUUUUAAACAAGAUGUAGCAAAGGGGAGGGAUUGGAGCAAAUAUGCCUAAUGGAAUAAUCAAAAACCAUGUAAAACGCAGUACAGGCGUGUGUGUGUGUGUGUGUGUGUGUGUGUGUAGACUGUACGGUAGUGUGUGUGUGUGUGUGUAGACUGUAC